UUUAAAACUUGAUUCUUCUCCUCCGCUUGUACCAUUCUCCAUGCAAAAUGUCCCUCCACCGCCUGCUAUUUCCCUCUCCGCCGUCACAACCACCGCUUCCCCCGCCAUUCUUCUCCCCCAACCCCAACAAAAAGGUAACCCAAAUUUCUUCACAUAAAUUCACCCACGAAACUUCCACUCAAACCCCUAAUUCCAUCAAAAUCCCCUUAAAGCUCCAAUCCAGCCAAACCUCACUUUCCAAAGCCCUUGAAACCCUCACCAAACUCAAACCUUUCCUCCAAACUAAUCAUCAACCCAUCCUCCUUGGCUGGCUAUGCAGCUCCGUAUCAGUUUUUUCACUUUCCCAAAUUAUCCCCAGAAUUGGUUCCUUCUCUUCCAACUUAAUCAACACCGUUUCCAUCUCCAAAUUGCGUGACCAAUGCCUUCUUCUAGGGGUUUUGUUGUUGGUCAAGUUGGUUGCUUGUUACUGGCAACAAGCCUUCUUAUGGGAAGCUUCGUUGAGGACAGUGUAUCAGAUGAGAGUUUUCGUUUUCCAGAAAGUUUUGGAGAGAGAUUUGGAUUUUUUUGAAGGUUGCAAUGGGGUUUCUUCUGGAGAUAUUGCUUAUCGGAUUACAGCUGAAGCUUCUGAUGUCGCUGAUACUGUUUUCGCUCUCCUUAAUACUAUUGUGCCCAACACGCUGCAAUUAUUCGCAAUGGCGAUGCAGAUGUUGGUUAUCAGUCCCUCCCUCUCCUUGAGUUCAGCAAUGGUGAUUCCAUUUAUGGCUUUUGUUAUAGCUUAUCUCGGUGAAAGACUUCGUAAGAUAUCUAAGAGAUCUCAUCUGAGCAUUGCCACUCUUGCAUCUUAUCUGAAUGAGGUCCUCCCAGCCAUUUUUUUCGUGAAAGCAAAUAAUGGAGAGUUGUCUGAGCAUGCCAGAUUUCAAAGGCUUGCUUAUACAGUUUUUUCUCGACUUUUGGAAAAGAAGAAAAUGAAGGCCCUAAUCCCCCAGAUCAUACAAAUUAUUUAUUUUGGAGUUUUAUGCAUGCUUUGCGUUGGAUCCCUGGCCGUUUCACGUGGUUCUUUUGAUGGCUGUAGCAUGGUUUCUUUUGUAACAUCACUUGUUUUCUUGGUUGAGCCCAUUCAGGGUGCGGGUAAAGCAUACAAUGAGUUGAAGCAAGGAGAACCGGCCAUUGAACGGUUAUUUGAUUUGACCAAGAUGAAGUCCAAGGUCGUCGAGAAACCAGAUGCCAUCGAUUUAAGCCAUGUCAAGGGAGAGGUGAAAUUCUGUGAUAUCUCAUUUAAAUAUGCUGAUGACAUGCCACUUAUUUUGGAUGGGUUGAGCUUUACUGUAAGGGCUGGGGAGACAGUAGCACUUGUUGGACCAUCUGGAGGAGGAAAGACAACCCUUGUAAAAUUGCUUCUUCGCCUAUAUGAACCUUCAUCUGGUUCCAUACUUGUUGAUAACCACAACAUACAGAACAUCCGAUUGGAAAGUUUGAGACGACAUGUUGGUCUCGUUUCGCAAGAUACAAUGCUUUUUUCCGGGACAGUUGCUGAAAACAUUGGAUACAGGGAUCGAAUGACAAACAUUGACAUGGAGAAAGUUGAGCUUGCAGCUCGAAUUGCAAAUGCAGAUGAAUUUAUCAGCACACUUCCAGAAGGAUAUAGAAGCCAAAUUGGGCCAAGGGGCUCGCUUUUAAGUGGAGGUCAAAAGCAAAGAUUAGCUAUAGCAAGGGCAGUCUAUCAGAACUCAUCUAUUUUGGUUUUGGAUGAAGCAACUUCUGCGCUUGAUGGCAAGGCCGAGUUAUUGGUGAGGCAAGCUGUCGAGCGCUUGAUGGAAAACCAUACAGUACUGGUAAUAGCCCAUCGUUUGGAGACCAUUUUAAUGGCGGAUCGAAUAUUUGUUCUAGAAAAUAGGAAGCUGGAGGAGUUAACUCGGUCAACCUUUUUGGCUGGUCACCAUGAGAAGCUGCUGUCGUGAUUUGAGCUCAUUCAGAUUUGGGAUGGUGAGUUUGGAAUU